AUGCUUGGUUUUAACGAUGAUAUCACGAGCCCUCUUAGUUCUCAAAUCUUCGAUUAUUGUGAUCCACAACAGUUUCAAGAAACUUACAAUCAAUCCUCUGAAGCCAACUCUGUUUCAAACAUUCUUGAGAAAUCUGGGAGCUUCCAAGACACUAACACAACCACAACAACUGAGAACAGUAACACCAACAUGAACAACAUAUUUCAAGAUGAUGAAGACGACAACAAUAACGCGGAUCUCUCCAUAGUUUUCGAUUCACAUGAUGAUUUUGAAAACGACAUAGCAGCUUCAAUCGAUUUCUCAUCAUCCCCUUUACAAUAUCCACUUAUCGAUCAGCUCCUUACAACAACAAAUCAAGACCAGUUUGAUUUCUCUCAGAUUGUUCAUCAGCUUCCUAACAUUUCACACUCUGGAGACAAUAAUCUGGCUAUACCAGAGGCUUCGUCUAUAGUUCCCCCUCUAUUACCAUUAGGGGUUUUCGAAGAAGAUUGUCUUUCUUCUGUCCCAAGUUACAAUAUUGGCUUAAACCCUAACCCUUGCUCUUUCUUUCGUACUUCCGGUUUACCGCCAUAUAUGGGGAAUAUGAGCACCGGUUUAUUAUCUUCCGAUAAUGGUUUUGGUUUAUAUCCCGGAUUGGAUAUUAACAAACCACGUGAUCAACUCAUGGAUUUUCAAACUGACAAUGGUGGAUUAUUUUGUCCGGAUACCAUCAAAGACAUCUUUAAUCCAGGAGAUCUCCAGGUACUUAAUGGCGUUGAGAACAAAAGCCACUUAGUGGUACCUCAGACUCACUCAACAUUAGGACCAGUUGAGAUAACCGGUUUAGAAGAUUCAACACUAAAUAAAGUUGUUAAACUCACCCCUGAGCAAAGAAAAGAGAGGAUCAAUAGGUACAUGAAGAAAAGAAACGAAAGAAAUUUCAGCAAAAAAAUCAAGUAUGCGUGUAGAAAAACAUUGGCAGAUAGUCGACCAAGAGUUAGAGGAAGAUUUGCAAGGAAUGAUGAAUUUGGUGAACUAAAUAAACAAGGUUCUUCAAGCCAUCAUGAUGAUGAAGACGAGGACCGUAUGGGCGUGAAGGAUGAGGAACAGUUGGUAGAUUCUUCAGACAUUUUUGCACACAUUAGUGAACCCAAUUCCUUCAAGUGCAAUUACUCAAUUCAAUCUUGGAUUUGA